AUGCGGACGGUGUUUUUUCGACGAUCAAGGAAAAUCCAUCCUCUUCUUACUGCGGAUAGUGCAGCGGAUUCCCCCGCCCACGGUCCUCGUGUUAAAAUCCCUCUGGAUUUCAUCGAUUCACUUCAGGGCCCUCACCAGCCUGGUGCAGUGCAGAAACACCUUGAAAAUAACCAUUUUGGCGCUCUGGUUCCGGGCGCUCUUCCCGACAAUGCGCGGGUUGCUCAGAAUGCCCUCGACUCCAUUCAUGAAGCUGCUGCUGAAGAUGAAAAGCAGCAAGCCGCCAAUCUUGUACCACCCAAUGGACCCUUUGUAAAUCCGCCACAAAAUAAUCUACCUAUGGAACCUGGGAAAAAUCUUCCUCAAGGUCCUGGCGAUGAUGAAGGAAUUCCCUUCCAUUUGAUUCCAAGGAGGCCUCCAGAAAAAUCAACAGUUUACUCAAAGGGCCCUGGCGAGGGUGGCAAAGCGGUGGUGAUAAAAAAGGAAGGCCUCCCUCCAGUAGAACAAGCAAAGUUUGAGGAGGGGGAGAAGAAUAAUGCAUUCAACGAAUACGCCAGCAGCAUGAUUAGUGUCCGGCGCUAUCUCCCUGAUAUGCGGGAAUCCCAAUGUCUCGACUUCAAGUAUAAUCAUCAUCACGAUCCGGCCUCCAUCAUCAUCUGCUUCCACAACGAGGCUUGGAGUGUCCUUCUACGCUCCGUCCACUCCAUCUUCGAUCGCUCGAAGGAGGAACUUGUCAAAGAGGUUAUUUUGGUCGACGAUGCCUCUACAAUGGAUCACCUGAAGGAGCCGCUGGCGGUGUACAUGGCUGGUCUGGAGAAGGUGAAGAUCGUCCGGGCAGAGGAGCGCCAGGGUUUGAUUCGGGCUCGAAUGCUUGGCGCCAAAGCUGCCACUGGCAAGGUUCUCAUCUUCCUUGACUCUCAUAUCGAAUGUACCACCGGUUGGCUCGAGCCUCUGUUGGACAGGAUAGCAGAGAACAAUACCAAUGUAGUGGUGCCGGUAAUAGACGUCAUCAGCUUUGAGACGCUGCAGUACAACCACGCCCCAUCAAAGAGCAUUCAGGUGGGUGGCUUUGACUGGGGCCUCAUCUUCCGUUGGCACCCCAUCCCGCCGCGUGACGCCAACCGACCAGGUGCUCCCAACUCGCCCGUUCGAACUCCCACUAUGGCUGGCGGCUUGUUUGCCAUUUCUACUGCUUUCUUCGCGAAGCUGGGCUGGUAUGACCCGGGCUAUGAGGUCUGGGGAGCGGAGAAUCUUGAGCUCUCCUUCAAGACGUGGAUGUGCGGGGGGCAACUAGAGACGAUUCCCUGCAGUCACGUUGGUCAUAUCUUUCGUACUCGCUCGCCCUACUCUUGGAAAGUAAAGCAAGCUAAUCCUCUGAAGCACAACCUCCUACGUCUCGCGGAGGUUAUCCUUGGGGACGAAUUCAAGCAGUACUACUUCUCUCGUGUCAACUAUCGGGAGUCCGAGAUGGGCGAUGUUUCGGAUCGGAAGAAGAUAUUGAAGGAUUUAAAAUGCAAGUCCUUCAAGUGGUACAUUGACAACAUUUAUCCGGAAUUGUUUAUUCCAGGUGAUUCAAUUGCUUCCGGUGAGAUUCGGAACGUCCUGACCCAGCACUGCGUGGACGCACCAACGCACGACAAGGAGAAGAUCAAGUUGGUCGGCUACCCCUGUCACAACCAGGGUGGGAACCAGUUCUGGUUAGUGAGUAAGACAAAUGAAAUUCGACGGGACGAUUAUUGUCUGGAUUCUGGGUUCGAGCCACCAUACAUCACUAUCAGUAACUGUCACUCACAAGGGGGCAAUCAACACUUUGAAUACACGGAGACUGAUGAGAUAAAACAGAGUGGCCUCUGCAUGACUAUUAGCGGUGACGGAAAGGUGAUCACCAUGGAGAAGUGCAAUGGGUCGGACAGACAGAGGUGGUCGAUUAAUCGAAAGCCCUUUGUGCCGGCCAAGAAGGCGGAGCGAUAUUUUUCCCUCCCCUCUCGUUCUCGCUCUACAUCAUUUCUCACCACCACAACUGUGCCAAACACCCUGAUUCCACCUCUACCUCCCUUGUGGCUCUCCGCACCCACGGAGUACAAUCUAUCGGCCAAAGUAUUUGACCCCUUCAUUUUCCCUUUUUUCCAACUCCUUCGAAGGAUCAGAUGGCUCGAGAGGUGUGCGGGGACGUGGCAGGUUCUCACAUAA